AUGGAGAUUAUGGAAUCUAUGCCGGUAGCAUUUAAAGAAAUUGCACCCAACCACAAUAUUCCCGAAAAAUGGAAGGAAAUUAUGUUAAAUACAGGUGGUACUCACAGUACUUUACAGGACAUAAAGUUACCGCAGAAAGCUGGUGGUUAUUGGUAUAAAGAUUCGAAAAAAGCAAAUACAAGAAAUCGUUUUAUAUAUUGGCAAACAACUUCAGAUGCCAUAGAAUUAUCAGAGGCUUCUUUAGAUGUCAAUCUUUCGGCUUCAAAUUUACGAUGUAAAGUAGCACCUGGAACACCACCCUUAAACAGCUUAACAUUUUAUGAAAGAUUAACUACACAAGAAGUUGUUAUUUUGGCUGCUACCGUGUCAUCUGUACAUAGACUUAUAUUCCCACAUCCAGAAUCCUUAGACAGAAAGUCUACAUUUGGAUCAGUGAAUGGUACUUCUACUUCCAUAUUUCAUGACACCAGUGCAGUGAAUAAUCAUAAUAACUAUUCCAUUUUAAAUCAGUAUUCAAAUACAACUACAGGUGUUGCACAUACAUGUGCUUCAUUGCUCCGUGACAGUGGAGAAGCUGUUUUUGCUCUUGCAUUUGGCCAUGGUGUUGAUGGAGGCUUGUUGCUUGUUAAAUUACCUGUGACAGGUUCUGCUGUCACUACAAUUUUAAAAAGAGAAUCAACAGUUCCAAGAUUUUUGUCUGGCAUUACGGGGGCACUGAGGGGGAAAAGUAAUAUAGAUGGUGUAGAAACUUAUGGCGUCGUGCUUACGAGUGGAUUGGUGGUAGCAAUAUGUGGUGACACAUGUCUUAGAGCUUGGACAUUAGAUGAAGGUGGAUCCCCAGUUGCAGUGUCAUCACCCCUGUCACAAACUUUGGUGAGACCGAAGCCACCACCUCAAGGCCAUAUGUUAAAAAGCAUUGAUAAUGCUGAUAGAAGUGUAACACUAGUAGCCUAUCUUUCAUUUCCUAACGAUUGUGAAUUUGUGGUCAUGCGAAUUCAUGAUGGAGGCGGCGGUGCUAUUAAGUUUUCUCACGUGUGUCAAAUUUUUGGUCCUCAGCUGGAUCUACUAGAUUACACUAUCGGUUAUGGAGAUGGUAAUCAUGUUAUUUGGGCAUUAUGGAAUCAGCCUGAUGGUGAAGCUGUCAUAACAAGUAGCAGUUUGGGCGCGGAGGUGUCAUGGCGAUGCGUGGCAGGGCGGGAGCCUCCGCCGCCGCUGCCGCAGCUGUCCUCUCACCAGCAGUACCGCGACCGACUCCUCGCACCCGGACUUUUCCCGCCGGCGGUUAUAAAGAAAGCUCUUGUGAUAUACCGGCGCACGUGGUGUGGUGGCGAGGCGGGUGCGGGUGCGGGUGCGGGCGCGGGCGCGGGCGCGGGGGAGGGCGAGCUGGGUGAGGCGGCGGCGGCCGCCGUGCAGGCGCGCCUGCGCACGCUCGCCGCGCGCACCGCCGCCCACGACCACUCGCAGCUCAUGCACAAAUGCUGGUCAGACUUGUACAGUUGGUGUUUGCAGUAUAUGGAGGGACUUCAAAAACCACUUGGACUAAUGGUUGCUAAUCAAAAAAGCGACGCUCAAAACGGAUGGUGGUGUGCUGUGGUACGACGUGCUGGUAUAUCGUUAGUGCGCGAGCUGGAACCGUUAGAACGUAUGAUGUUAUCUCCUGAUGCUUCUUUCUCUGAAUCUGGUGGCGACUCGGGGUCGCUGUCGGCGGAGGCGGUGCGCGUGGUGGCGGCGGGCGCGCGGUGGGAGCGCGCGGCGAGCGCGGGCGGCGCGGCCGAGCUGGAGCGCCGCCUGUUCGCGUGCGCCGCGCCGCAGCACCGCCUGCUGCCGCGCCUGCUGCACCUGCUGCUGGCGCCCGCACCCGCGCCCGCGCCCGAACACCACCCGACUUUGACGCCGCAGCAGAUUGAUGAAUUGACUUCAAUUUUGGAGCCGAUUAAAGACUUACAAAAUGCAGUUCUUGAAUUGAAUGACGCACUUCGUUUGGACGUGCCUGAUAUAGACACAUCUAAAAGUGAAGAUGAGGACACUAGCGAGUAUGAUAAUUUAUUCGCUAGUGAUCUAGGAGUGGCUAUAGUUACCGAAGCGAUACGACAAAUGGCGGAGAUGAGGGCGCGCGUGGUGCGCGGCGCGCUGGCGGCGCUGGGCGUGGCGCGCGGCGCGGGCGGCGUGCCGGGCGCCGGCCACUGCGCCGUGCACUGGCAGGCCUACCGCGCGCUGCUGUGGCUGCACUCCGCCGCGCUGCACCCGCCGUCUGCGAAAUCAACGGAAGCGUUCCGGCUAAAGCUGAGCGCGCUGGGUGCGAGUGCGGAGGCGCGCGCUGCGGGCGCGGCGGGGGCGGGGGCGGGCGCGGGCGCGGUGGCGGCGUACGCGGCGGGCGCGGGCGGGCGGCGCGCGCGCCGGCGCCUGGCGGCCGCGCACGCACACGCGCACGCGUACCACGCGCUGCCGCUCAUGGCAUACCAUCUCGCGCACCAGCUAUGGGCCGUUAGCGGUGGUUUCGAAUUUGGUUGGUGGUUGGCUUCAAUAAAUCAGCCGCGACUUGUUCAAAAUUAUGUGGCUAUGUUGGAACCUUGGUGUGAAUGGAACGCUUGCUCACGUCAGUUCAUAUUGGGGCUGUCACUGCUGGACACGGAGGAAGCGGAGGGUGCGUACACGGCGUUCUGCAAGGCAGCAAAGGGCGUCAGCACCGAGCCCUUCCUGCGGCACCUGGUGGCCGCUGCUGACGAACACCUCACGCAGCACCAGGCGCUCGUGCUCUACUACAUGAAGGUUAUAAAGCUCUUUGAAAUCCACGACGCUGGCGCUUGUGUAGUGCGACUCGCCGAGACUGCAAUUAGCAUUGCCGAUAAAGAUGAUCCCAAUUUGCCGAUGUUCCAGUGGGUGGUAUUCAAGUGGCACUUGGCGAGCGGGCGCGUGGAGCGCGCGCUUAGUGCCGCCGCGGCAAACCCCGCGCCGCACGCGCGCGCCGCCGCUGCUACGCAUUUGCUCACCACGCUCGCGGGGCGGCGGCAGCUGGGCGCGCUGGUGCGGUGCAGCGCGCUGGCGGGCGAGGCGGAGCGCGCGGCGGCGGCGCGCGCCAAGCUGCACGACGCGGCCGCGCACAACCCCUACUACGACUUUCUCUACGCGCUGCACGUCGCGCGACAUCACUACCGGAAAGCGGCGGCGGUGAUGUACGAGCGCGCGACGCGGUGCGCGGCGGAGCAGGGCGGGGCGGGCGCGCGCCGCAAGUGGCUGGCGGCCGCGCUCACCUGCCUGCGCCUCGCGCGCCCGCACCACGCCUUCCUCGCGCGCCCCAAGCCCGCGCCCGCGCCCGCGCCCGCGCCCGCAGACGGCGCCGCACCGCACCUCCCGCUGCAGGUUAUUGGUCCAGAAGAAUUGGCUGCCGAACUACGGGCAGAAGAUCCAGAAUCCAUGGAUCCAGUUCAAUUGGCUUUACAACGCCAUGAAAGUAUAGAUUUCGACUAUUUGUACCCGCAUCUAAAAGAGGCCGAUGGGGAGACACUGCUGGCAGUAACAAAAAGGGCAAUCAGCACUGAACAAUUUUUGCCGAGAUGGUUCCUUCUUCGAUUUAUGGAGGUGGAGGCGGCGACGUGCAUCCGCGCGCUGCUGGCGGGCGGGCGCGCGCUGGAGGCGGGCGCGGCGUGCUGCGAGGCGCUGCGGGCGGCGCGCGCCGCGCUGCCGCCGUGCGCCCGCGCGCCCGCCGCCGCGCCGCUCGCGCCCGCCGACCUGCUGCUGGCCGAGUUGCGCGCGCACCGCCACCUCGCGCCUUGUGCACAAUUGUACGAGGAAUUGCAAUUAAAUGUGAAAGAAUAUACACAAGUAGCUAUGAGAACAUCUGAAGACAUGAAACUUUCGCACCAAUAUGAAACAGUUAAAUAA